CGAUGGCGACGAUGGAGAGCUUGAUCGGGCUGGUGAAUCGGAUCCAGCGAGCUUGCACGGCGCUCGGCGACUACGGCGGCGGGGACAACGGCGCUUUCUCUUCGCUCUGGGAGGCGCUCCCCUCCGUCGCCGUCGUCGGCGGACAGAGUUCGGGGAAAUCUUCGGUUCUCGAGAGCAUCGUGGGCAGAGACUUUCUACCCCGAGGAUCUGGUAUCGUGACGAGGCGGCCUUUGGUCCUGCAGCUUCACAAGACGGAAGAUGGAGCACCGGAAUAUGCAGAGUUCCUUCAUCUGCCCAAGAGGAGAUUUUCUGAUUUCGCCCUCGUCCGGAAGGAAAUUCAGGAUGAAACUGACAGGGUUACUGGGAGGUCGAAGCAGAUAUCUCCUGUUCCAAUUCAUCUUAGUAUAUACUCUCCAAAUGUUGUCAACUUAACCCUGGUUGAUUUGCCUGGUUUAACGAAGGUUGCUGUGGAGGGACAGCCUGAAACUAUUGCUGAAGACAUUGAAAACAUGGUUCGAUCAUAUGUUGACAAGCCUAAUUGCAUCAUACUAGCAAUAUCUCCUGCGAAUCAGGAUAUUGCCACUUCAGAUGCGAUCAAGCUUGCCAGGGAGAUGUUUUCAUCAGGUGAACGGACAUUUGGAGUCUUGACUAAGCUGGAUUUGAUGGACAAAGGAACUAAUGCUCUGGAUGUUCUCGAAGGAAGAUCUUACCGGCUGCAGUUUCCUUGGGUUGGUAUUGUGAAUCGAUCGCAAGCUGAUAUCAAUAAAAAUGUGGAUAUGAUUAUUGCGAGGCGCAAGGAGCGUGAAUAUUUUGCAACAAGUCCUGAUUAUGGACACUUGGCGAGCAAAAUGGGUUCAGAGUAUCUUGCAAAGCUCCUGUCAAAGCACCUGGAGUCUGUAAUUAGGGCACGGAUACCGAGUAUUACAUCCUUGAUUAAUAAGAGCAUUGAUGAACUUGAAUCAGAAAUGGAUCAUCUUGGCAGGCCCAUUGCAGUCGAUGCUGGGGCUCAAUUGUACACUAUCUUGGAGCUUUGUCGUGCAUUUGACAGGAUCUUUAAAGAGCAUCUGGAUGGAGGGCGACCAGGAGGUGAUCGUAUUUAUGGAGUUUUUGAUAACCAGCUUCCUGCUGCUUUGAGGAAGCUUCCAUUUGAUCGGCAUCUCUCUGUUCAUAAUGUUAAGAAGGUCGUGUCGGAGGCUGAUGGUUACCAACCUCACCUGAUUGCUCCAGAGCAGGGUUACCGGCGUUUAAUUGAGGGGUCUCUGAACUACUUUAGAGGCCCAGCUGAAGCCUCAGUGGAUGCUGUGCAUUUUGUUUUAAAAGAACUCGUGAGGAAGUCAAUAGGUGAAACACAGGAGCUUAGGCGCUUCCCAACUCUGCAAGCUGAAAUUGCUGCUGCAGCUGGUGAAGCUUUAGAAAGGUUCCGGGAGGAUGGGAAGAAGACAGUGAUACGUUUAGUGGAUAUGGAGUCUUCAUACUUGACAGUGGAAUUCUUUCGUAGACUUCCCCAGGAAAUGGAGAAAGGUGGAAAUCCCGCUACUGCAGCAACAAUGGACCGCUACACAGAAGGGCACUUCAGGAGGAUAGCUUCCAAUGUGUCUUCCUAUGUUGGCAUGGUGUCUGAGACCCUUAAGAACACAAUUCCCAAGGCCGUGGUUUAUUGUCAAGUUAGAGAGGCCAAGCAGUCUUUGCUAAAUCACUUUUACACACAAAUAGGACAGAAAGAGGGUAAACAGUUGGGUCUAAUGUUGGACGAAGACCCGGCAUUGAUGGAGAGGAGGCUACAAUGCGCCAAGAGGCUCGAACUAUACAAGGCAGCACGGGAUGAGAUCGAUUCCGUUUCGUGGGUUCGAUGAAGUUAAUUACAUGUACUAAAUUUUUCUGUAUGAUAAUAGUAUUCAUAGACAUGGGCGAUUUGUUGACUGAGGAAGCCUUGCUCAUUCUUUCAAUCACAUGCCUUAUAGAUA